AUGGUCUCGACUACAAAAAGUACUAGUAGUAGUAGUAGUAAUAGCUGUAACGCAGAACAAUAUUUGGCAGAAAAUGAGUUGUUAAUUUCAGAUCAAGAUAUAUCUUCCCAUUCAAAGUCAUCUACAAUGGAAAAAAUUAUUAAUACUCAAAAUGAUAAUACUUCAGAUUUUGAUGGUGAUGAUGAUGAUGACGAAUCGAACGGAAGCAGUUUAGAAAAUGAAUUUGAUAGAAAAGUUUCAAUUAAAGAGGAUUGUGCAAGCAAAAACAUAAAUACUAGUAGUAAUAAUUCAACAACUUCUAAUGGACCUCGUGGAUUACCCUCAUCAUGUGUAUUUGUUGCAAGUUUAGCGGCUACACUAUCGGAUGAUAAAUUAUGUAUCUCUGUGGCUGAAAAAUUUAAACAGUAUGGUAAAUUAAAUGGGGUCAAAGUAUUAAGAGAUCAAGAAAAUAGACCAUAUGCUUUUGUUCAAUAUGCAAACGAUCAUGAUGCAAAUUUAGCAUUAAAAGAGGCCCAUGGUUCGACUUUAAAUGGUAGAAUUAUUAGAUGUGAACGUGCUAGAGUUAAUAGGACACUCUUUAUCAAUCAUAAUUUGCCUAUCUCUUUCACUGAGGUGGAAGAUUUCUGUACAUCAUUUGGUGAAUUGGAACAAAUUGUACCAAGUAGAGAUAAAAAUCAAUUCUCUCAAAAGUAUACAUAUCCAAUAACAAUAUCCAAUUCAUGGUUUGUUAGGUUUGUUUAUAGAGAUGAUGCUAUUCGUUGUUUUGCAAAUUUAAAGACCGAUUCAAAUUGGCAUAAUGUUCAAUGGGCACAAAAUAUUAAUGUUCCUAAAAAAUUUAAUUUAUUAAGCAAACAACAGCAAGGUAUUAGUACUAAUAAGUUAGAUCAAGUUAGUGUUGGUUACGAUAUGGAGAGUUCGGCUACUUCUUCAUCUUCUUCCUCAUCAUCCACAAACCUAUUCAAGUCACAAUCAAGAAAUGAUAAUAAUAUUGAUAUUAGUAUUGAUAAAAGAUCAAUUUUUGUUGGUCAAUUACCAGACGAAACUAAUUAUGAUAAUUUGAAAAACCAUUUCCAACUUCAUGGUGAAAUAUCAGAUAUUAAUUUGAUUCAUAAACAAACUAACGUCUUCGCAUUUAUUGAAUAUGAAACCGAAAAUGCAGCUGCAUCUGCAUUAGAAAAAGAAAAUCACUCAAUAUUUUUAAAUAAGACAAUCCAUGUUCAAUACAAAGAAAUUGGGGGCCUACAUAAUAAUAGGAAGAAUUUUAGAAGAUUAUCAAAUCUGAAUCAAAAUAAUAGUAACAAUAAUAAUAGUCCUUUGAAAUUUAAUGGGCCACAGUUAAAUUUGGCUCCUCCACCUAUUAAUAUGUUUCGUAGAAGGUCACACGACCAAAAUGGUUCAAAUAAUGGGCCCAACCCCUCGGUUCCUCUAAUACCAUAUAUGCCAGCACCAAACCAUUUUGCGUCCAGUGGUCCAAAUGGUACAUUUGAUCCAAGUAUGUACGCUAAUUAUAUGAAUAAUGUCGCAGCUGCAGCUGCAGCUGCAUCAUCAUAUUCUCCCCAUUUUAGACGUAGUUCUUUGCCAAAUGCGUGGAGGCCAACGUCAUCAAGUGAAAGUAAAUUGAAAAAUUGUCAAGAAGAGGAUGAAGACGAUGCUAAUGUUGAUCAAGAAGAGGAAGAGGAAGAAGAAGAAGAAGAAGAAGAACGUGAUGAUGAUGAACUACCAGAUGAGGAUGUUGGUAACGGUACAACGAGAAAUAAUAUUGGGAAUCAUACCAAUCAAGGCAUGAACACUUUGGAUGGGGCCACCGAAGCAACCACUUCCACCCUUUCUGAUUCACCAGAUAGAAUUGGUAACUCAACUACAACUUAUAACAACUCAUCUGCUGGCAGCAUCAGUAAUAACUACAAGAGGAAAUAUAGUUCAGGGAAAUUUGGCUUCAACAAUGAGCCAAUUAAUCCUUACUAUUACCCAUAUUAUUAUCCUCCAAUUCAUUAUCCUUUAGGGCCAGGUCAUUCGUCUCUAAAUGCCAGUCCAUACAUGAUGGUGUAUCCCAUGCCCCCACAUGGAAAUCCUCCCCCUGUAGGACCACCGCCACCUGAAAAUAUGAUUAACGGUAAUGUCCCAUUAAGUGCUAUUCCAAGAGAUAUGACUAUUUCGGGUGAAACUUCGAAUUUAAAUUCCUAUGAAAUUUCUGAACGACCAAGAAAAGAAAAAGAAAUACUUGAUUAUUAG